CUAUGGGUAGAGGACCGCCAUUUUGUUCUUCCUUGCAGUUUUGACCAAAAAUGUCCGCAAUGGAUACCUCAAUGGCCUUCAAGACUUGGGAGAUGUCAAACAGCAUUGAAACAGUCAACAGUGUGGAUGAAAUUUUUAAAUACGACCGUCAGCAACAACAAGAAAUUCUUCAAGCGAAACCGUGGCAAAAAGAUCCUCACUAUUUCAAGAACAUUAAAAUCUCAGCGUUGGCGUUGUUGAAAAUGGUAAUGCAUGCCAGGUCAGGCGGUACGCUGGAGGUCAUGGGACUGAUGCUGGGUAAAGUUGAUGGCGACACAAUGAUUGUAAUGGAUGCAUUCGCUUUACCAGUGGAGGGAACUGAAACAAGAGUGAAUGCACAAGUUGCAGCUUAUGAAUACAUGGCAGCUUACAUUGAGUCAGCUAAACUGGUGGGUCGUUUGGAGAAUGCCAUUGGCUGGUACCACAGUCACCCUGGUUAUGGCUGUUGGUUAUCAGGAAUUGAUGUUGGCACUCAGAUGGUGAACCAGCAAUUUCAAGAACCUUUUGUAGCUAUUGUGAUUGAUCCUACAAGAACUAUUUCAGCAGGAAAAGUUAAUUUAGGAGCAUUCCGAACCUAUCCAAAGGGCUACAAACCACCAGAUGAAGGGCCAUCAGAAUAUCAAACUAUCCCACUGAACAAGAUUGAAGACUUUGGGGUUCAUUGUAAACAAUACUACUCUUUGGAGGUUUCAUACUUCAAGUCCUCAUUAGACAGAAAGCUUCUUGAAAUGCUCUGGAAUAAAUAUUGGGUUAACACGCUCUCAUCUUCAAGUCUGCUCACGGUAAGUAACAAAUCGCACACUGUAUAUCUCUUUUUAUGCCAUGCCAUAGAAACGACAACCAAUCAGAGUACAGGAAAGCGGUCUUUUGUGAUGGGAAUAGAUCAAGACAAGAAAGAAGAAGGAAAGCUGACAAAGACAACCAGAGAUAGCUCCAAGACAUCCAUUGAGGCUGUUCACGGCCUCAUGUCUCAAGUCAUCAAAAACAAGCUCUUCAACCACGUUGGUGGAAAAGAAACAACAUGACAAGGAAAAGCACUGCCGAUUGGUUAAUCUGAAAUUCUGAGCGUUAUUUCCUGGCUAAAAAAAGUUCGUUGCCUCUGAGACCACUACAAGAAAUGAGGAAAUGUAAAUAUUUUUUGUAGAAUAAUUAAAUAAGUUUCAUGUUGUACCGUUUGUUGAAUAUUCUGUUGAAAACAAUUCAACUUUGACUCUUUCAAAACAGGCUGUACUGGUAAAGGGGUUUAACAGGUUGUAUGAUUGCCCGGGUGCCACUGGAAAAACGUAUUUUCUGGGCAGCCAGGAUUCCAUGGUUAGGAACCUUUGGGCUCCUCGUAAUUUUUGUUUUUUGUUUGGUUUUUGGCUUUUCGGCACCUUUAUGUGUUUGUGUAGGUUGCGUUACACUUAUGAUGCUCCUGCACUGGUGAACACCAGCCUUUGCAUCCUACGAUAAUUCUGAACUCAUGUAAAAGCAGGUUAAAGCUCCUAACGGUGCCGAGAUAUAGGAGAAUCUUCGUUUACAAUAUUUGCCUCGUUAGCAUAAGCGAUACAGUUUCUCAUAGAGCUACAGGAACAUAAGUUUUGAGUAUUGAAAGGGUUAAAAACUCAAAAUUUCACAAAGAAUGUAUGAGCUCAUUAGUGCUUUUGCUACCCAGAACGUUUGGAGUUUUUGAAAGCCAAUUUCUCUUCGAAUUUUACACCCAAAGAGCCAAACAUUUUACAAGCUCUUAAGUUUAAUGUUUGUAGUCUAAUCGUGUCUAGCGUGACGCGUUCUCUGCGCAAAGUCGAAUCUUUAUGAGGAAAAAUGUAAACAAUGACGUCAGCAGAGGUUCGUGUAUAUUGGUUCGGAGAAGUAAGAUAAAAAAAAUGUAAAAUAUAA